CAUAGCGCGAGUUCAUCCCGCUCGACGGCACGACCAGUAUGCGCAUCUUCCCAUGUCCACACGCACUCGUUCGCGCCAUGACGGGAUGCCCCAGUCGUCGAGCUAGGUGCCGGAUGCGUGCUACCAUCCCUCCUCUCGUGCACUUUUGCAAAGCCGCCCGCUUUGGUCAUGAUCACAGACUACCUUGACGAGACCAUCCUCGGGAACCUCAAACAGAACGUCGGGAGGAACGCGUGCCACGUCGCGCCCGGGUGCACCGUGCACUGCCGGGGCUACGAAUGGGGCCAUGAUCCCAGCCCGUUACUGUAUGUGCAUCGCUCUAUUCUACCCGCCUCCCAGCUGCCCGCGCGCUCAAGCAGGCCCACGUCCUGCGUUCGUCCGAGGACACCUGUGGUCACCUCACUGGCUCCGUCCUCCAGCUCGCUGCCGUCGAUCUUGCCCUCGAGCUUACUGCAGACGCGCUCCGCAUCCUGCUCGGACUCGACAUCUGCCGCCCACCCUGCCCUCUCGCACUUUCGCUUUCCCUCUCGCGCCCACUCGCUCUCCCUGACCUGCCCGUCUCGCCCGCCCGCAUGCUCGCCCGUACUUUUCAGCACUGGCUGAGGACGCAGUCACCGCGAAGCGCCAGUCACAUAUGUGACACUCUGUGACUACCGCCUCACUUAAGAUGUGCGCUGCUCCAGAGCUCGCACAAAUAACGUGAGGCUUCCGAAAAUUUGUGUACGUACCCUUGAGAUAUUCACAAUCUACCUGGUAUGCUUAUUUUGCCUUACAAAAUGAUGCCCCUGUCUGAGGAGCCCUGCUGAACACGGUGUUCUGCAGUUGAACUGAAUAAGGUAUAAAG